UCGGCGGCUUCCAAUUGUCAUUAGCUGAGCUUGGGGGGGGGGGGGGCACAUCCUGGACUCUUUUAAAAAUUGCAGCCCCGCGGAUCCCGUUUCAGUCGGCAACGCGACACUUAGCGGACAUCUAGCAGCGUGAAGCGCUACACUUGCGAAUCCCCUCGGUUCAGGCCACGUCAAUAACUUCGCUGCCUGCUUGCGUUUUAGUUGUGCUGGACAACCUACAAAAAUGCCACUUAAAGGAAUACUGGUGCAUGUCUGCUUGCUAGCAGUGUUUCAGUCCUCUCGACAGGCUGAUGCUAGCAUGAAGAACUGCACCUCUCGGUUUCUGGAGGACCUAACGUCCGAUCUUGAGGUGGCAGGAGAGUGCGGCGGAAAGCAGGAUUGGACCCCGGAGCAGAGGGCCACCCUGCUGGUCUCCUUGAGAAACCUGACCGACAAGCUGCACACACAACAACUGAGAGAAUGCCAAGGAGCCGAGCCCGUGGACUGCCCGGAGCCCGAGGUUCCCCAAAACGGAGGCUUGGCGUGCGCCACAGUCUCUAACGUUCGCUACUGCAAGCCCCUGUGCAACCAUGGAUACGACUUCGCCUUCCUGAGGAGAAGUCGAGUGUUUGACGAGUGCAGCGCGGCGACGGGUUACAAGUGGAGGAGUCACUACGUGGGUGGAAACAAGCUGGCUGUUUGUCACGAAGCGACUCUUCAAGUGGCGGGGUCCAAGACCAUGUACUUCGCCAAAGGCGAGGACUGCCUGACCAUCAAGCAGAGUGAACACACCAAGCGCAACGUCCUUAAAGUGGUCAAAAAAGAGCUCAACGACCCCAAACACUUGCAUCAAUUUGUGAGCUUCUCACCAACCGUGAUGUCACGUUUUUCCACCCGUGACUUGUCAAGUCCCAAAAGGUACGCAGAACUGACGCCGUUGGCAACCACUUGCUUCCUCAGUGAAGCCGUUGGCACCACCCGUCUUAUUUUUGCGCCUGUAAUCGUGCACACAUGACGUGCGAAGUGCUGCCUUCACCAACAAACAUGCGAGUAUACGUCCUUUGUUUCACUGACACAGGACCGCCUCCUAAAAAAACUGGCUUGUAAACUGAUUACUGAAUUUUUGGGUAUUUUGGUCAGAGCAUUUCACUUGUGCUAUUGUAGCUGCAAUGUUUUAAAUUAUCCAAAAGAAGGUACAUUUUUGUUGGAGGAAAAACAAAGUUGACAAACUGACCUGAACUCGCCUUCCUAUUUUUAUGAUGUUAAAUGCAGUAAACUCAAUUAGAUCAGGUCAAGUAAUGGAGAAGUGAGAUAGUGACUGGCCUGGUGUGAAAUUGAAGUGACAGUCUACAAACUGCACACUCAAAUGAGAGCAGUGGCAUUCUACAAACUUCACACUAGAGGGCAGCAUAGCACCACUGACGAGCAACACUGUCAAAACAUUUGAAAUCCUUUUUCUAGUAUUCAGCAUCUUUCCAGUCUACUGUGAAAUAAUCGAAAUAAUAAUCAUAAUCGAA